AUGGAGAACAAAAGAGCAAACUUGAUUGCCCUUUCCAUAAUCAUCCUCUUACUCAUCCUCCUCAUCAUCGCCCGCCUCACUCUCGGCCUCUCCAAAACAUUCUUCCUCAUAUGCGGCGCCGACGUGGCCGCCAUCCUCUCCGUGCUCGCUGUGGCCGUCCUCCGGGCCCGUUUCCGGGCCCGCAGGGCCCGCCUCGAGCGCCAGCUGGACUCCCAAGGCCGCGAGCUCCGCGUCGAGUACAGCUUCCUCCGCAAAGUCGCCGGAGUCCCCGCCCGCUUCCGCCUCCGGGAGCUCGAGGACGCCACCGACGGGUUCCGGGCCAUGAUCGGGCGCGGCGGGUCGGGCUCCGUCUUCCGAGGCAUUCUAACCGACGGCACUCCCGUCGCCGUCAAACGGAUAGACGACGGCGGCGACCGCGAGCGCGGCGACCGGACGUUCAAAUCCGAGGUGUCGGCUUUAGCGAGCGUCCAACACAUCAACCUCGUCCGCCUCCUCGGCUAUUGCACGUCGGCCUCGUCCUCCGGUGGGCCCCUCUUCUUGGUCUACGAGUUCAUCCCCAACGGCUCGCUCGACAACUGGAUUUUCCCCGAGUCGUGCAAAAAAAAGGGACAAACCCGGAGGAGCGGAUGCCUGUCGUGGGAGUCGAGGCGUGGGGUCGCGCUCGACGUGGCGCGCGCGCUCUCGUACCUCCACCACGACUGCCGGUCGUGCGUGCUCCACCUUGACGUGAAGCCCGAGAACAUCUUGAUCGACGAGGGGUACCGCGCGCUCGUCUCGGAUUUCGGGCUCUCGAGGCUCAAGGGGAGGGAGGAGAGCCGCGUGGUGACGGGCGUGCGCGGGACCCGAGGCUACCUCGCGCCCGAGUGGCUCUCGGGCGGCGGGGCCUCGGAGAAGUGCGACGUGUACGGGUUUGGGAUGGUGGUGCUCGAGAUGGUCGGCGGGAGGAGGAACAUACGCGAGACGGGUCGGGUAGACGGGUCGUCGUCUUCGAGGAAGAGGUUUGAGUUUUUUCCGAGGGUGGUUGUGGAGAAAAUGAAGGAGGGGAAGUUGAUGGAGGUUGUGGACAAGAGGCUUUUGGAGGGAGGUGGGAGAGUUGAGGAGGGGGAGUUGAGGAGGAUGGUUUGUGUGGCGUUGUGGUGCAUACAAGACGAGGCGAAGGCGCGGCCGAGCAUGGCGCGGGUGGUGGAGAUGUUGGAAGGGAGGGCGCCCGUCGAGGGACCUCCCGAGACUCGGAUGCUGAUUGUGGAUCUGCUGUCGGCGGAAGAUGAUGAUGAUGGCGGUGGAGAUCGGAAGAGAGUUGGCGGACGGGUGAGGCCCGUGUUUGUUCGGGCUGACGGGGAAAGUGUUCCUUCCGUGCCUGCUUACUCGUAUGCCUUCUCGUCGGUCUCGGGCCGUUGA